GCCCCCCCCCCCCCCCCCUCCCGGCAUACGGCGGCCGCGCACGGGGCGGGCGUUGCGGCGGGAGGCGGCUCCAGCCGGCGGCUCGCCAUGGCCCUGCCCCGCACGCUGGGGGAGCUGCAGCUGUACCGGGUGCUGCAGCGCGCCAACCUGCUGGGCUACUACGAGACCUUCAUCCAGCAAGGGGGGGACGACGUGCAGCAGCUCUGCGAGGCGGGCGAGGAGGAGUUCCUGGAGAUCAUGGCGCUGGUGGGCAUGGCCACCAAGCCCCUGCAUGUCCGCCGCCUCCAGAAGGCCCUGCGCGAGUGGGCCUCCAACCCGGGGCUCUUCAGCCAGCCCGUCUCGGCCGUGCCCGUCAGCAGCAUCCCCCUCUUCAAGCUCUCCGAGGCCGGUGGGCGCAAGGCGCUCAGCAACGGGCAUGCCAGCCCCAGCGAGGCCGCGGGCAAGGGGGGCAGCAGCACCGGGACACCCCCGGCCCGCAGUCCCACGGAGCCGGGAGAGAAGCUGUCGCCGUCGGCUGCCCCGCCGUGGCCGGGGAGGAGCACCCCCGAGUCGGAGGGCGGCGGGGACGAGGAGCCGGGGGGUCCCCCCUUCUCCCCGGGUGGGAGCGGCGGUGACCAGCCGGCAGGCACGGAGGUGCUGGAGCCAGAGCUGGCGCGGACAGUGGCAGAGAGCGUGGAGCGGCUGCUGCAGAGCUGCCCCCGGGGCGGCGAGGCCGAGCUGCGGGCGCUGAUGAAGCUCAACAAGAAGCUGGCCAGCGUGGGGCACAUCUUCCAGCUGGAGGAUGGCGACCGGCACAAGGAGGAGGAGAUCCGCCGGCACAGCGCGAUCUACGGCCGUGGCGAGGCCCGGCGCCGUGAGGGCAAGCAGCUCACCCUGCACGAGCUCAUCAUCAACGAGGCGGCCGCCCAGUUCUGCCUGCGGGACAACUCGCUGCUGCUGCGGCGCGUCGAGCUCUUCUCGCUCUCGCGGCAGGUUGCGCGGGAGAGCACCUACCUGUCCUCGCUCAAGGUCGCCAGGGCACAUCCCGAGGAGAGCGGAGCCACCAUGGCCAAGCGGCUCAAGCAGGAGGCGGGAGAGCAGAGCCGCUCCGAGCUACUGCCGCUGCAGGUGGGGCCGGAGCCCCCCGGGACCGCGUACCGAGCCAGCCUGGAGGAGGACGCAGCCAGCCUCUCCGGGGAGAGCCUCGACGGCCACUUGCAGGCGGUGGGGGCCUGUCCCCGGCUGACGCCACCGCCCGGCGCGGCCCCCGACGUGCCCCUUGGCCUCCCCCCCCACGGGCUCUGGAGCCGCCACAUCCUCCAGCAGACGCUGAUGGACGAGGGGCUGCGCCUGGCCCGGCUGGUCUCGCACGAGCGCGUGGGGCGGCUCAGCCCCUGCCUGCCGGGGAAGCCCCCGGGACCAGAGUUUGAGGACGGGCUAGCAGAACGGGGUCCUCCGGCUCCCCCGGAUCCCCCCCGCGGCACCAUCAAGGUGGAACAGGAGACCAGCCGGCAGUUGAAGCCCCUGCAGCCCCCCACCACCAUUAACGAAGCAAUAACGUGCUGGGGACGGGUGCCGGCGGCGCGGCGGUGGUGCUCCGGGUGCGGAGAGCCAGCGAGGGCUUUGGCCACAGCCCCCCCUGGGCCCCAUCCCCUCCCGCACCGACGCUCUGGUUACCUCAGCCGCGGCGGGAUGCGCCUCCCCGCAGCAGCAAUACCCUCGUCCCCACCAGGCUCUGGGCCCCCGCCGCCCCCCCCGGGGCUGGGAAGCCCUCGAUGGACUCGAGCCCCCUGUACAGACCCUCUUGCCCUCACUGGGCUGCCCGGCCCCCCCGCCUCAUCGGCUCACCCCUCGUGCUGACCAUCUCUCCCCCCCCCCCACCCCCGGGCAGGCGAGCCGUGUCCCCCGGCCCCGUUACCGUGCAGGGACAGGCGCUUUACCACCGGCACACCGAGCCGCGUGCGGCACCGCGUGCUCCCGGCGUCAGCGCUGCCACCCCACGCCGGGCACACGGUGCUGGCGCGCGCAGCCCCGCGCACACCCCCGCAGCGCCCACGCUCCAGCCGCCAGCCCCCCCCCCCCCCCCCGCAGCACGCACGUGCAAGCGCACCGUGCACAUGCAUCGCGACCACCCCCCGCAGCACCGCAUCGCCCGCAUGCAGCAUUUCAGCUGUAAAUAUCCCCCCGCAGCAACCACAGCUCAGCGCCAGCGACGGCGUGCCCCCCCCCACCCCCGCACGCACACCCACAGCACCCUGCACCCCCCACCUGCACCCACCCCCCAAUUACCUGCGUGUGCUGCCGUGCAGGGUCCCUGUGCCGUGGGGUGUCACAUGUGCCGUGGGGUGUCACACGCGUACACCCCCCUCCCAGCACGAAGCAGGCGGCGUUUGACGGGCACUGGGGCAGUCCUGCCCCCCCCCCCCAGCCCCUCGGGGCCCCUCCUGCCCCCCCCCCACCCCCCCGUUUCCACAAGCCGUGCCCAGCCCCGGGGUCCCCCACCCCCUUAGGACUGUGUGGUGUCUUUUUAGAGCAUUAGCAACUCUUCCUUUGUAACGUGUACAGUAGAUUAUUUAUUUUGUUAUUUUGGAAUAAAACUUUAUUUUAUGGCUUA